CCCCAUCAACCACCAACCCCCCUCCUCCCGCCCCUGACUGGAUAUCCUGGGUCCCUCAAUUCAGAAUUGCCAGCCCAAGAGGAGAAAAUACAGCAGCCUGUCAAGCCUGACACGAAAGGACCGCUAGCAAAAGACUAACACCCUCCAUACGACGUCGAUUGAACCCAGCAGACCCAGAACUUUCCGGGUUAUUGACUCUGUUCCUCAUCUAAAUCCACCCAUCGUCUCGCCUCCGCCUGCGCCUGCGCUGCUGCUGCGCUGAAAGGAAAACCUCGACACUCCGCGACAGAAGAGUAUGACUCUUAGCUAAACCUUGCGCAGAGCAUCUUUUCAAAAGCCCUCUCCACUUUCCGGAUUCCUUCUGGUCACCCAGCAUCCUGGGCAUCCACAUCUAUCAUCCACCUCACUGUCACCUCUUACCAUUGUCCUCAUUCCACCGCCCCGUCACUAUGACUGUGCCCGGGCCCUGAUCUCACUAAGCUCAGAGGCAAAAGAUUCAGACAACGCUUCCAAACACUCCUAUAGGCGCCAUUUUCUUCUUCAACCUCCCUUUGGAACAUUCCGACGCAUCUGGGAAAUCAAAUGUUUGUGCUGAAUUGGCAUUGCGGCUGCGCUGUUUGUCCUUCUCCCGUCGCUCUUUAGGAUCUUCUGAUUGUCAAAAUACUGUCUUACCCGGACAACUAAUUACACCCUCACCGUCUCCGUCUCUCACCUGUUGCAUCUCGCCGGCCUUCACUUCAAUUGGACGCUUUGAUCACCCCGUUGACGUCUUCUCGAACGAAGCACCAACCGAGCACACGACGCAUACCCUUCCGCCACGUUUACACCCACACAGGCCCGUUCAACCAGCCAAAUACCGCCCUUCUCGUCGCAUUCAAGGCCACGUUCCAGCCCGACAUUUGGCGCUUCACAAGCCGAGACAUUCCUACAGAUCCCCUGUCGUGGUUACACUGCGUUCUUCUGUGACACGAAGCGAAGCUUGCUGGCGGGAAGAGUCUCGGAUAUACACAGCGGAACAGCCUUCUAUCUGGCAGGGUCCCUGUACAACUCAAGGACCACACCCUUGUCGCCCAUUGCCGUGGAAAAAGAUACUGGCGCACUGAGAACUUUGACUGAAAAAGUACUGUGACCCUGGCCAAGAAGGCUACAGUCCAAAAAUUCCAGUCCCAGUCUCCGCAAGCAUUGCUUGGAACAGAGUACACACUUCUGGCAGGAUUGGGCACAAGGCGUGCGACAUAACACCUCUGUCUAGGUAUCUUCAGUCAAGCAGCGGUCAACUCAGGGCGAAGUCCAGCGCAAUGGUUAAGAAGAAAUCAACCUCAAUCGCGUGGCCAUAUACACCUGAACCUUCACCUCGUCUUGAACCUCUGGUUUAUCCGUUGGUCAAUAUUCCUGAAGACUUCACCAUGUCCGAGGAAGAGUUACCUCGGGCACGGCCCAUCAGUAUGGCAGCUCGAAAAGAAGGUGUCCUAUCACCCGGAGGAAGACCGACUUUGGACGAUGUGCUCAACAAUAAGGCACCGUCACCUUACACCCUAGCCGCGUAUACAGCAUUUCUAUCUCAGCAACACUGUCUAGAAACGCUUGAAUUCACCACAGAGGCCAAGAGAUACUCGAACAAGUACGAUGAGGCGUCAGCCAGCAUGGGAGGCAUGCCCCUCACAGUAGAGACGCAGGAAGGAUGGGAAUUGAUACAGGACUGGACACGGAUUCUCGAAAUCUAUGUCAAGCCAGGUGCUCCGCGGGAAAUCAAUUUGCCGGCAGAGGAACGGGAUGAUUUGAUCGAAAGAUCCUACGAUAUCAGACCCCCUCGGCCUGACUAUCUGGACGCUGCAGUCAAGCGCAUGUACGACUUGAUGUCGGAUUCGAUUUUCAUCCCAUUUUGCAACAGUCUCAAACAGAUGUCUCAUGCCCAGACAUAUACGCCUAUGUCGGAAUUCGCGGACAUGGCUGAACUAGAGCCUUCACGGCUGACAUAUGACGAGCGAGGCCUGCAUCGCCGGAUGCCUUCGCGCCGGCGGCGAUCUCCUCCGCAUACCUCAGCUGUGUCGUUUGAAGCUACUCGAUCUCCUCCGCAGCAACAUCGGCCUACACAGUCCUCGUCGUUAUCGUCGGCAUUGGGUCGGCAGAGUGGGGCGCGUUUGUCGACGCACGUAUCACAUUCGUCUGCGGUCUCAGAAAGCGCAUUGACUGAUAGCAGCGGAGGUCCGGAUAGUCCCCCUGUGGGCGAUCUUCCAGAAGCUGAAUCAGUGAUAACCCCACCGACAACGCCGCCAACGAGCGAGCUGGGCGGGACUAUAAGUCAUGGGAGCGGAAGCGGGUUGGCAAGUGUUAAAUCGCAUCGAAGUGAAAGUGGCGGCUGGAAGAAGGCUAUGAAGCUCUUCAGCGGCGGCAAGAGGAAGAAUGGCAGCAACGAGCACGACUGACAUGCAAUAAAGGCGUCCUUUGUGGCUUCUCGAAACAAGACGGUCUCCUCGUUGAAGGGGGUAUGCCUGAUUAGGCGAUAAUGUGGGUUUUCUGCAACGGGAUUACGAACGGAAUAGGGAAUGGGCGUGUGCCAACCGGGGACAAAAGCCGGCAGCAUUUUGGAUCAUGGGAUGGUAAUGGAGUUCGCAAUGCGACUACGAGAUAUGAUUUGGCAUGAUGGCGUUGGACGAUCGAUUUUUGACUGGAAAAUACGCGCAAGGGUUCAGCACUUUCUCCUUCUCUCUGGGAUGUUCUUUGUCUGCUCCGGUCAAGAGGCCGGAUUCGACUCUUCUUACAAGAUUCACCUACGUUGGGGGCGAGUAGAGCACGAUAUGAGAGGAAAUACCUGGGUCAGGGAUAUGAGACGAGUGGAGUCUGCCAGUUCGGGAGCGGAGCUGGACAGAAUUGGGUAUUUCUCAAUGUACACAACAAGUAGUGGGGAUGAUAUUGGUGAUACAGCUUAGUGGAUGCUGAUGCUAUGGGAUAAUCAGUGGUAGUGAGUGUGAGUACCUCGAGUCGAGUACCGCCCGCGAAAUGAAGCAUGUGUCGUGAGCUCCCUGACCUGACCUGACCUGCCACUUGCUCAUGAUCCUUCUCGCCUUCUACUCCACACUGGACAAGUCCAUUGACUGCCCUACUCUUUCCAAAGGAGCUUAACGUGUC